AUGGAGGAAAUCCGUAAGACUUUUAUCAGCAAGUUUCAUCUUAGUGGGACUGUUAAAAUUGCUUAUUUCGAUCCCAAACAUGUUUAUUUGGAUUCUGAUAAUGAAGUCGAUUACAACCAUGUUUUCAAUAAAGAAUAUAUCGACAUUGGUGAAUCACCAAUGAAAAUUCUCAAAUGGACUGCAGAUUUCAAACCGGAAGAAGAGACCACAAUUGCUCCUGUUUGGGUUUUGAUUCACCAACUCCCUUGGCACCUAUUCAAUUGGAGGAAAAGUGCAAAAGCUAAGCAAAAUCAUGGUGAUACUCAAUUUAGCAAAGAUAAGAAUGUGGAAGAGAACACCCAAUUCUUCAACUGCGAAGAAGAGCAACAGGUGACAAAUGAUCAGAUACAAGAUAGGUCACCUGGUAAUGAUAAGGUCAUUCAAUAUAUCAAUUUGAACAAGGGCAUCACUAUAAAGGAACCAGAGCAGAAUCACAAAGCAAGGAAAAUCUCUAAAGUUCCUGGGAAAGGAAAAGGGAAAGAUCAGGAGGAAACUAAUGUAGAGAACAUUUUUCAGCAAGACAAUAAGACGAGUAGGAGAAGAUUCAAGAAUAAAGAUAACAUGAAGGACAACAAGCAGGCCCAUGAUACCUCCAUAAAUCAAAAUCAAAAUAGUAUCAUUGAGAAAGGACAAAUCAGUGGUACAAAAAGCAACAAGAGUCAAGUAUACAUACAGAAGGACAACAACCAAACCAACCAACAACAAAACACAAAUACUGAUGCCAUGACUAGUCAAAAAGAGAACAAAAAUCAUAAUACUGAGAAUGUUGAAGAUUUUGACAAACAUGGAAAUACUCAAGACAAGCAAGGAGAUACUCAAGACCAUAAUAAUGAAAAAGCCUAUCCCAUUGAUCCUGGAAAAAUGCAAAACAAUUAUUUAAAACUCAUCAGUGGUACAAGUUUAGAAGAAGAUCAAGGCAGUGAAGGGGAAGAAGAAGAAGAAGAAGAGGAAGAGGAAGAAGAGGAAGAGGAAGAGGAAGAAGAAGAAGAGGAAGAAGAGGAGGAAGAAGAGGAGGAGGAAGAGGAGGAAGAAGAGGAGGAAGAGGAAGAGGAAGAGGAAGCGGAAGAGGAGGAGGAGGAGGAAGUAGAAGAAGAAGAAGAAGAAGAAGAAGAAGAAGAAGAAGAAGAAGAAGACGAAGAGGAAGAGGAAAAGGAAGAGGAAGACGAAGAAGAAGAGGAAGAAGAAGAGGAAGACGAAGAAGACGAAGAAGACGAAGAAGAGGAAGAGGAAGAGGAGGAGGAGGAGGAAGAGGAAGAGGAAGAGGAGGAGGAGGAAGAGGAAGAGGAAGAGGAAGAGGAGGAGGAAGAGGAGGAAGAAGAAGAAGAAGAAGAAGAAGAAGAAGAAGAAGAAGAAGAAGAAGAAGAAGAAGAAGAAGAAGAAGAAGAAGAAGAAGAAGAAGAAGAAGAAGAAGAAGAAGAAGAAGAGGAGGACGAAGAGGAGGAGGAAGAGGAGGAAGAGGAAGAGGAGGAGGAAGAGGAAGAAGAGGAAGAGGAAGAGGACGAGGAAGAGGAGGAGGAAGAAGAGGACGAGGAA